AUGGCUGACCUUAUCUAGUUAUCUACGCAUUACAACCCCACACUACUUUCGUGGUUUAGCUCAGGGUUUUAGUACAUUCAAAGCAGAGGAAAAAGGAUUGGAGUUGGGUGAUGAAACUGUAAUAACUUUGGUAAAGAUUGCACAGAAAUAGAUAGGAAUGGCGUUGCAACACUCAAUCCAUCUUCGGUAUUGGAUUUGUCCUGUAAAACUGAAUAAGUUGAAGCCCCUUUGUUCAAAAUUACUUAAGAUGCCUUCCUGGCUAAUGCAGAAUCCAAGUUCCAUAAGAAACGGGGUAAGAGCAUAUGGGAUGGUGGAAAAAUUUGGAAAAAAAUUUAUGGGACAAGAAAUAAGUGACAGUGAUGAUGAUGAUGAUGACGACGAGUCAUCCCUGAAAAAUGGUCAGAUUGAUGAUUCCUAUCAUUUUGAUGCUGAUGAGCGACGCGAAUGGAGAGCCAAAAUUAGGGAAGUUAUCAACAAACAUCCCGAAAUCGAGGGGGAGAUUGAUCCUGUUGAUAAGUUGAACAAGAUGCAAAAGCUCCUGGCUGAUUAUCCGUUGGUUGUAGAUGAGGAUGAUCCGGAUUGGCCUGAAGAUGCCGAUGGCCGGGGUUUCAACCUGGAUCAAUUCUUUGAUAAGAUCACUAUCAAGAAUAACAAUAAGGAAAACGAUGACGCUGAUGAUUAUGACAGCGAGAAGGAAAUAGUGUGGCAAGAUGAUGACUAUAUUCGUCCAAUUAAAGAUAUUAAGACUAAUCAAUGGGAAGAGACUGUAUUCAAGGACAUUAGUCCUUUAAUCAUUCUAGUCCAUAACCGCUACAAAAGGCCAAAAGAAAAUGAAAUAGUUUGGGAUGAGCUGACGAAGGCUGUGCACAUCAUAUGGAAUUGCAGGCUACCUUCACCAAGAUGUGUAGCAGUUGAUGCUGUAGUAGAGGAUGAUUUGGUCUCUGCUCUGAAUGUCUCGGGCUUUCCAGAAAUAAUAUUCACUAAAGCUGGGAAAAUUUUAUACCGCGAACGAGCUGUUCGAACUGCGGAUGAGUUAUCGAAAAUGAUGGCAUUCUAUUAUUAUGGAGCUGCUAAGCCUCCUUGCUUAGAUUGCACCGGAGACAAACAAGAGAGGAUCCCAACAGUUGUCAUCAAGAGAUAAAAUGCAGUUGUCUUUAACUUCUGUAUGGGAAUUUUGUUGUCCAUGUGACUGACUUUAUGUAGUAAAUGGUGGUUAUU